AUGCGGGACGUACCACUUUCCACCUUGGAAUCACUAUCGAUUAGUGGAGAGCAACAGGUGGAGUACGUGUUCAAUGCCAUGACCCGCACCCAACCAACCUCUCUCACAUGGCUAGAAAUCUCAAACUGCUCAUCAGCCAUAUCAUUUCCAGGGGAUUCUUUGCCCCCUUCAUUGCGAUCUCUGUCCAUCAUAGAUUGCAAGAAUGUUGAAUUCCCAAUGCAACACCAACAACAUCACUCACUACAGAAGUUACAUAUAGACAACAGCUGCGAUUCACUUACAUCCUUUGCAUUGCCAGCAUUCCCAAAUCUCAAAUAUAUGAGAGUCCAAAGAUGUGAAAAUUUGACAUCUCUGGAGGUGUCACAGUCACAGUCCCUUCAAAACUUAUCAAUUUCAGGCUGCUCCAAGCUGGAGAACAUAAGGCUGCCUGCCUCUUUAAGUGAACUCAGCAUCAAUAGAUGUCCGUUGUUGGAGGAACGCAUACAGAAGAAGGACCCCCACAUUUGGCCAUCCAUUUCCCACAUCUCCUACAUUUCUGUUUAUGGAAAACAGAUUCGUAAUCACUCAACAUCUUAA